AUGAACUUAUGUGUCAAUUGUAAAUCAGGCACUUCGUUUUUGGGUUCUAUUGAAGAGUCAAUGGAAGCUCACACUGGAAUUUACAUCUUUGAGUACGUGGAAAAGUAUAUAAAUGAAAUUGGACCUCAACAUGUUGUUCAAGUAGUGACGGACAACGCCACAAACAAUAUGGCAGCAACUGAGCUUUUGAAGUUUAGUGGAGUGCUAGAGAAAGCAAAAGCUCUAACAAUAUUUAUAUAUGCACAUCAUAGAACUUUGGCAAUUAUGAGGAAAUAUACUAAGAAAAAGGAUAUUGUGAGGCCUGGGGUGACUAGAUUUGCCACCUCCUUUUUGACAUUGGAAAGUCUCAAAGGAAAGAAAGAUCAAUUGAGACUUAUGUUUACAUCUGAUGAGUGGAGCAAAACAAAAUUACGGACUACUGUGAAAGGUAAAGCGGCGGAGGCUACAGUAACAAGCAUUUCAUUUUGGAAUGGGGUUUCUUUGGCUUUGAAUGUUUUCACCCCUUUAGUGAAAGUUCUACGUCUUGUUGAUGGUGACAAAAUACCCUCAAUGGCAUUUUUAUUUGGAGCACUUAAACAAGCCAAGGAAGAGGUCAAACAAAACUUCAAAAAAGAAGAAAAUGACAUCCCUAUUUUGAAGAUUGUUGAUACAAAGUCCAAGGUAUAUAAGAACAAAUCUGGAAAUUUUAGUAGGAAAAUGGCGAUUGCAGCAUAUGAGAAGGUGAAUGUGUAUCAUGAUUUUGAUCCGGUUGGAUGGUGGUCCAAUUAUGGUGGUGACACUCCAAACUUGCAAAGAAUGGCAAUGAGAUUUCUUUCAUUGACUAGUAGUUCAUCGGGGUGUGAAAGAAAUUGGAGCCAAUUUGAAGGGAUACAUACUAAGAAGAGGAAUAGACUUGAGACAUCAAGGUUGAAUGAUCUAGUAUAUGUCAAAUUCAACGCCAAUCUUAUGAAGAAGAAAAGUAAAAGAGAAACUGGUGGAGAUUUGCUUUUAUGUUCUCAAGCUAGUGAAGCUCAAGAUUGGCUUGUUGAGGGUGGCGAUGAAGAUGAGGUCGAGCCAGGUUCAGGACUUACUUGGAAGAUGGUGGCAGAGGCUUCAGGGGCAGAUGAAGUACUAAGACCAAGGAGGAGUGAAAGGAGAAUCACUAUUAGAGAACUUGACGAGGAUUUAGAUACAUCAGAAGAGGAACAUGAAGAAAAUGUUGAUUUUGAGUCCGAUGAUGAGAGAAUUAUGAAUGUAGCUGAUGGUGCAUACAUUGAAGAUUUAGAAGAUUAA